AUGCUUACACAACAAAAGUAUGCUAGUGAUCUUGUUGCUAUGGUUAGUCUUAUUGAUGACAAGAUUGUAUAUUCCCCAAUAGAGAUUAAUAUGAAAUAUAAGGAGGCUGAUGGCGAACCAUUCAGUGAUCCUACAUUGUAUCGGUGGUUGGUUGGAUCAUUAGUUUAUCUCACUAUGACAAGGCCGGACAUCUUAUAUGCGGUGCAAGUUCUAAGUCAGUUUGUAUCUAAUCCUUACCAUAUACAUCACACUGCAUUACUUUGUGUCAUUCGGUAUGUCCGUGGUUCUAUGAAUCAAGGUGUUCUCUUCCGUUCAGAUUCUCCUAUAAAUCUUAAGGGAUAUAUUGAUGCAGACUGGACGGGUUGUCCCGAUUCUCGUCGUUCCGUUAAUGAUUGA